AUGGCAAAUUCACCUUCUAUUAUUAGCUUUUCCUCUAAACAAAAUUUACCAACAGACUUGUCCAUUACAGAGGAAGCAAAGGGUUACUCCGCCGACGAAUUCCCUCCAAGAGAUUCUGUUUCCCCGUCGUACUACCAGAAAAUUAUAGCAGAGAUUUUGGGCACUUAUGUUCUUGUUUUUGCGGGUUGCGGUGCUGCUCUAGUUGAUCGAGAGAAGACAUUAACAGUUGUGGGUUUAGCAAUGGUGUGGGGGUUGGCUUUGAUGGCAAUGAUAUAUGCACUUGGCCAUGUUUCUGGUGGGCAUUUCAACCCUGCAGUUACCAUUGGCUUUGCAGCAGCUCGAAAAAUUCCACUCGUUCACGUCCCGUUGUACGUUUUAUCGCAGUUUUUGGGUUCAACGCUAGCAUGCCUCACCCUGAAAGUACUAUUCAAUGACCAAGCUGAUAUACUACCCACUCUCACUCAUUAUUCCAGUUCAACUACUGAUCUUGAAGCGAUUACAUGGGAAUUCGUCAUCACUUUCAUUUUUAUGCUCACGAUACGUGGAGUAGCUUCUGAUGACAGAGCAAAUAAUGAACUGGCUGGAGUUGCAAUUGGAGCUACAGUGAUAUUUAAUGCCCUUGUUGCAGGGCCUAUUACUGGAGCUUCUAUGAAUCCUGCAAGAAGCAUGGGUCCAGCAAUAGUUUCUGGAGUCUAUAAAAAUCAAUGGGUGUAUGUUGUUGCUCCCAUUCUUGGAGCCAUAGCUGCAAGCCUGAUAUACAGUCUUCUCCAGCCAUGGAAGCCGGAAAAGCAUAGAGAGAGUGCUAGAAGUACAUACAAUGAUCUAUAUCUACGUCCCGAGGUAUGAACAUGUAUGCAACCAUGUGGAAGUAUAUCAAACAACUGAAUGGAGUACUACGAUUGGCAUAGCAAAAUGGACUUUCACACCAGAAUCUCGAAGGAAGAUGAACAUCAGUGUGCUAGAUUCCUCUCACAUGAAAAUCCCGAUAGUAGUAUUACACAUUAGAUUUAUAGUAGUUUUUUGAGUCUUGCACACUCCAACUCAUUAAUGAAUCCUCUAAUCAAUUAAAGUUAUAACAGUCAGCACUUUCAACGAGUCAAUGAAACGAUGAGUUAAACAAGACUUGAACACGGGUCAGUUAACAAUUAACAUACUCCAAUACCAUGUCGAACCACCUCUAAAAGCUUAGGAGUUAAGUUGUCCGUGAGGAACAAAGUCAUUUAUCUAAAUCUUCAAUACAGUGGCAAUUAAAGGAUAUGCAAAUUCAUAGACAAGCCCUCAUCCAAAAA